AUGGUGGGCGCGGGGCGCCGGGCCCGCGUCACGCCGAGCAGCGGGCAGGGCGCGCGGCGCCCUCCAUCCACGCCCGGCCGGGGCGCGGCGCGGCGGCGGGCGCGGGGGCCGCGGGGGCCGCGGGCCGAGGCCGGUCUGGUCCACUUGGGGGACGCACGGCCCGCGCCCCGCUCUGCGCUACGAAGAGGCCGGCCCAGGCGCCCCGCGUGGCCUCGGGUCCGGUCGCCUGCCCCGCGCCGUCCCGCGUGUCCCUGCGGGACCCGGAUCCCGGGCGCCUUCCUCGCGGACUGCCAGGAGGGCCCAGAGACCGCCUCGGGCACGACGCGAAGCCUUGCUGUCACUUGGGGAGGAAGGAGAAGGAGCCAGGCCGCUGGCAGGAGCGCAGGCAGCGGCAGAGGUAGGCCAGGUCCAGGGGAGCCCGUCCCAGACCCAGGUGUCGGGCUUGAGAAGAACCCAUCCUCCGUGGCCUGCAGGCUUGUGGCUCCUACCGCCGGUGCCUUUAGAGCGAGUCGGCGUGGACACGCACGUUUCAAGGAGCCGGGGCGUCCUGCGAGGCCGAGCGCGGAGAAAGGCCUGGGGCCGGGCUUGCGCCCGAGGGUCUCUCGGAAGGAGCUGGCGGCGCCGGCCGGGCCGCCUGGCAGCCUCGGUCGGCCCUGGGCUCUCGGGCGGGGCGCGGGGAGGCCGGGGAGCGGCGCGGGCCCGGGAGUCGUGCGCGCGGGCGGCGAGGGGGCGCUGUGGCCCGCGGCUGCGGCCUGGUCCCUGCAGCGGUGGCCCCGGCGCAGUCCCCGGCCACUGAACGGCGGUGGGCGCUCUCGCCCCGGCCCGGCCUACGUCUGCCCGCGUCGCUUUAACUUGGGGAAGAAGGAAAACUAGGCCGGGCGUUUCGAUGAACCGAAGCCGCGCACGAACUUGCUUCACUCUGUCUCACUGCCGGCUAAUGCGCGCAGUUUGUGGGGUUGGUGGCAACACUUACAAAAUGGAACGUGUAGUGGGGGGGGGGGGGUCGAUUAAGGGGAACGUACACAUUUCCCCCCAGGGCUGUGACUUUCGCCACAUCGGCGUGGGCGCGUCAGGGCACCUGCCCAGCGUGUUCCGAAUCCCGGGUCGCUGCUGGCCCACGACUUCCUGGGGCCCUGCAGCAAACGCAGCCAGAAGGAGUCGGGGGUCACGAAGUUCGGAUCUGCAACUUCCUUUGUUUCCGUCCCCCUCUGUUUCUCGCAAAGCAGCGCUGGCCGCCGUGAACUGCGCGAAGAGCAAGUCCCAACGAGACGCGAAUCUCUCUCCGGCGCGGGCACCUCCGGGCUCGUCCGACGGGGCUGCAGAUGCGGCGCUCUUCGGAGGUUCUCAAACACGGUUCCGUUGAGACCUGUCCCCGCAGAGCGAGCGCGCGGGAGAACCCUGGCAGGCGGGGGUGGGGGGGUCCCCUCGCCCCUGGCCCGGAGCCGCCUGCGGCCUCGCGGGAGGAGACCCGAGGGCGCAGCCCCCAGAGGCCGGGGGCAGCCCGUGGGGUCGGGACCCCAGCACCGAGGGCACCUCUCUGGCUCCCCAGGCACCGGUGUUUGGUUACCGGUCGCUGACUCGAGCCGGGCAGCCAAGUGUGCGUGCUCCCCGCGGCGCCCGCCUCCGACGCGUCCCCACUUCCGCGCGUCCGGCGGCCUCUGGCCUCGGUCCCUGCCCGCCCCCCCCCCCCCGCCUCCCCCCGUCCGCGUCCUCCCAGCUCCUCUGCCGCCGCUUCCCCCGCCUCCGGCGCGCAGCCCCCGGGCCCGAAUUCCGUUCCCGGAGACCCGCUUCGGGAGCGGCCCGCGUGGGUCAGCGAUCCGCGCGGGAGGCAGGUGGGCGAGCACACCCCCCGCCCCCCUGGCCUCUCCCCCGCGCGCGCACGCGGACACGCGCCCGCGCGCCUCCGGGAGGGUCUCCCCGCUCCUGCGCGGACAGAGCGGCGGUCGGGCCGGGGUCUGGCUUCGUUGUGCUCCUGGUUCGCGUUUCGGCUUUUUUUUUUUUUUAAGUGUUUCUGCAAGGCAAACAGUGUUCGGGACAACUCAGCUGCCCCCUCCCCGCCCUGCGGCAGCGCCCCCGCCCCCCCAGCCUGGCCGUCGCCGCUCGAGCGGGGGUUGCACCUCCCGGGGCCGGCGGCGCGGACCGAGCGGAGCCCGCGGGCGCAGGAGCAGGUAGGACCCCCGCUCGCAGGAAUACGCUGGCGAAGGAGGCUUCUCUUCAGCCGUCUGACGGCUGCUUUAGCGCCUGUCUGGGGCCGUGUUGCAUCGCCUCGGGCUAACUCCUCGUGGGUCGUGUGUACCCCAAAACAGCUCGCCCAGACCGCCGACUCGGGGGCACAGGGCAGGCGCACAGGCCAGCCCGGCCCCUACCAAGCUCUCCCGGAGGCUGUGGCACACCUGGGAUUGCUUAGGUAGGGAGGGCAGGAGGGUUUUGUUUCCUUUUUGUUUUUGAUUUGUUUUGUUUUUCUUUUGAAAAACUGGAGAGCAUGCGGAAGCCAUUUGACAAAUUGCACCAAAACAGCCAUCAUUAAAACUUCAGUUGGGCAGCAUAGAAAUGGCCGAUCCCCGCCAGGGGGAGGACACUGGGAGCGUUUGCAGAUAGGACAAGCCUUGCUGUGCAGAAUCAGAAAGAAUCCUCAGAGUCCGAGAGUGAAGACGAGCCAUUUGGUGGAAAAAUGGACCCGAGAUAGGAACAGACUGUGCGGAGAGCAGGUCUGAAAAGGCUCAAGGAUGCCCCAACUCCCUAGUGAUGGGAAAUCAGAGAGUGCCCCAGGUGCGACUUUCCGUCCACUGGAGGCCACCAGACUAGGCCCGAGGGUGCAGGCACAGGGAAUGUCUCUCACUGCAGUGCUAGCUGAAAUUGCUGAGAGGAAACUAGGGAGCUGUUCGGCAGCACGUGGGAGGUCAGCAGACACCCACUUCUCUGGUCUGCAACCCACUGCUUCCUGGUGGACCACAGAGAGCAGGCCAGUGGAGGCAGGGAGGGGUGGCCAAGCACCGCCCGCAGCGUUGUUUGCCAAGUGCAAACUGGGGACCCCCGGACCGCAGUCAGCGCAGGCCUGGGUACGCAACGUGGGGCAUAUUUCAUGGAACACAGUGGCCCCCAGGGGUGAACUUGCAUGAAGGUAGUGCCCCUUGGGUCAAAGUGUGUAAGUCCUGAAGGUACAAAGCUGAGUGAGAAAAUCCUCCAAAAGGAAAAGGAUUCGGGCAAGAUGAUGCAAAGGGUGGAGUUUUACGGAUGACAAUAUUCUGUGCUAUUUACAGACGGGUGGGGGGCUGUCCCAGAAGCUGCCGUCACAGUGUGGGAAGGAAGGCCUCCACUCCCCUGCAGGGUGCCUGAGUCCUUGU